AUGAAGGGCUCAGAACUCGCCGCUCCCCACAAAGCUGGGCUAGGGGAAUCUGGAGAGGGGUGCUCCUCCGCUUUCCCUCCACUCUCUCCUCGCCAUCCUCCAUCCCUUUGGGUUUUCCUCUCUCCUUUGCUCUCUCCUCCAGCUCUUCUCUCUGCUUCCCCUUGCCGGCUGUCACAACCAGCCCUUGUCUUGCUCUUCCUCUUUCUUCCCUUCUCGCCUCCUUCCUGCUCCACCCAGCCCAGCUUUGGGGACACUGUCCCCCUGGGGAGAGGCAGAGGGAAAAAACAUUUUGAUGGUCCCCUCAGUUGCUCUUUGUCAUUCGGAGGCCCACUUUUCUCCUCCAAAGAAACACCUCAAAUUCUUGAUAGAAUGUAUCCCUGUUCUCAGUGA